GCUAGAGCUAUUAGCAGCAUUGAUCGGUGUUCGACUACACGAGAAAAUCAUCCAUUCGUCCACGCUCGAUUUCGACGGAUCGACCUUCCACUGCGACAACGCCGCCGUUCUAGGUUGGUGCCGCAGCGAGGCAGACCGAUGGAAGCCCUUCGUGGCAAACAGAGUUUCGGAAAUUCGAUCGAGGACCAGUCCGAGGGACUGGAAGUACAUCCCGUCAGAGCUCAAUCCUGCGGACAUACUAAGCAGAGGCACACCCUUAUCCGACCCGGACACGCUUUCGAUCUGGCUUUCGGGACCUCCUUUCCUGACAAACCCGUUCCCUACGGAUUUCGAACAUAUCCUCAGCAAUCCGAGCCAUCCGGAAAACCUUUCGGAAGAAAAGAAAAUUGUUGCUCUUGCGAGCACGCAGAUUCCACCGCAAAUGAUCAUCGACGCGGUACGAUUUUCGUCAUGGUCGAAGCUAGUGAGGUCACUGGCUUCUGUAAUCCGUUUCGUUAACCGGACCCGGAAACGGGCCAUUGAAACGGCACCUCACGUGUCCUCAGAAGAGUUCGCGGAGACACAGUUACGGCUUUUCCGUAAUAUUCAAGAAGUCCACUUCGAAAGCGAGCUUCAGAAUGGUCUCUCGAACGUUUCGAAGACGAGCAGGCUGUUCCAACUAAGACCGUUCAUAGACGAUAGCGGACUCAUCCGGUGUCGGUCCCGUCUCGAGCGCUCCAGCGAGCUUUCAUUCGAUCAAAAGUGCCCGAUUAUAUUGCCCGGUUCAGAUCCAGCGGUGUCCCUCUACAUCUUGUGGGUUCACUGUGCUCUCUGUUGUCAUUCAGGAGGGGUCAACCUAAUCCUGCAUCAUCUCCGCACGAGGGUGCUAAUAUUGGGAGCUCGCAGACUAGCCAGGAGUACAAUCAAAGGCUGUAAGGUUUGUCUCAAGUUCAACGCCAAACGCGCCGAGGAGGUCACACCUCCGCUGCCAGAAUUCCGCAUCGGGUCCGACGCAGCUUUCAGGAUAGUUGGCGCCGACUUUGCAGGCCCCAUUUCCGUUAAGACAGAGGGAAAUUCGAAAUCGAAAAGCUACAUUUGCCUCUUUGUCUGUUCAUCGACGAGAGCAAUCCACCUGGAACUGGUGCCCGAUCUCUCGUGCUACCAGUUUUUGUUGGCGCUGAGGAGGUUCUUCAAUCGGUUCCCAUUCAUCGUGAAAAUCAUAUCAGACAACGCUCUCACGUUCAAACGUGCCGAGAAAGAGAUUGCUCUGAUCAGGUCUCACAUCAAGUCCAAGUGCGUGCAGGAAGCUCUGGCAAAAUUCGACAUCCGUUGGGAGUUCAUCACGGAACGUAGUCCAUGGCAUGGCGGCUGGUAUGAACGCCUGGUUCAGACUGUUAAACGACCUUUACGCAAAGUUCUGGGUACGAACGUUCCGAGGUUUGGCGAGCUGGCAACCAUCCUUUCCGACAUCGAAAACAUGGUGAACCAAAGACCAUUGACGGUGGUUUCCCUCGAUCCAGACGAACCGGAAGCUCUCACGCCUAUGGAUCUCAUUUUCGGGAAACCAGCGAGAGUGAUACUUCCAGACACGCGAAACAAUCCAAUCUCGCCAACAGCCACGGGUGCGGCAGUCCUUUCAGCUCGCUGGAGGCACCAGCAGUCAAUUUUGAAUUCGUUUUGGCGACGAUUUCUCAGGGAAUACCUCCCUUACCUAAGGUCGGCCCACUGGCGGAAGCCAGUUGACCCGAGACCUCUAAGGGUGGGAGAUCUUUGUCUUUUGGAGGACCCUAACCCCUCCCGCGCACGUUGGCUUCUAGUCAGAAUAACAGCUCUCUUCGGAGGCAGACGAACGGACUCCCGUCCGAGAUCCUGCUUCGUUAAAUUCCCUGACGGCCGCAUCUUUAAGCGCCCGAUACAACUUCUUUACCCAUUGGAAAUACAAUAA